AUGGAGAACGAUGAAGGUAAAUGUACCAGUAUAAACACGAUCAUUGCCAAUUACAUCGGUAUCUUGGAGAAAAUUAAAGAAAGGAACCAGGCAACAUUCAAGGUUCUCAAUAAAGCGAUCGAGUUCAUUAUGGAGCUUGAAAAUCGUCUUUAUAGAAGACUAAACAUCAAGGCGGCCAAGGAAGAGCCUAAAGUACUCACAGAAGCUCACGAUAGAUUGAAGCACAACAAGGUCAGGGCUUGUCUGACAACGGUGAUACAGAAUGAGCUUGAAAGCACAGACAACAUCUUGCUUAUCCCACUCGCUGAAAUUUUCGACGGAUUUGAUGAGCGAAACCAGCUCGGAACCAUCGUGAGUAUCGUGGACGAUGACGAGAGAACGGACAGACAAGAGCGCCGCUAUAACCCAGACAACAACCCUAUCACCAGCCGGUACACGUAUAUCCUUUCGAGAAUCAAGAAGAAGUUUGUCCAACUUCGACGUGCGGCACGCAGUGUUAUCGACAACAUGUAUCAGGUGAAGCAUUAUGGCAUUGACGGCAUAGUGAUCAGGUCUUACCAAAGCUACCAGAAAAGCAUCAAGCCGCACACCCCUCUGGCACCGGACGACAUCCUUGCCACGAAUGAGUACGGACCCGCCACAGUAUUGGUACAGCUUUGGAAUUUCUACGAUAUGAAAGGCAACAACGCGGUAAAGGAAUGGCUGUCCAAGCGGUUUCCACAACUACCUGCUACGGUACAGUCCACGGUCGUUCUGUACACCAAAGAGCUUGUCAUGCACACGUCACAGGCGCUGAGGCAGAAGGCCGUUCCAGAUCAAGUGAACAAGACGCUGCUUUGUGUCUACAUCUAUUUGAAACAUACAAAAGAUCUACGUGCUGUACCACGACAAGAUGUACAUGAGCCCGCAGCAAGAGUUUUACCUGUCGUUCAUACUGAAGAACUUCCUACCCAUAUCCGGGUUCAGCCGUGUUGCGAUACAGCAAAUGCAAUGAACAUAAUGAGGAUCUUCGAGCACAUGAUUUGGUCGACGGUGAAUGACAGGGAAUUGGACCGUAACACCCGCCGGCUCGAGAAGUUGUUCCACUAUCACGCGACGAUCAUGAGGCAAAGAUUCUAUGAGUACAGCGAGUACACCAUCAACAACAUACCAAGCAUCGUCCAACGUGACACUCUAACACAGGAUAAUGCCGAUAUUUGGAGCUGUGAUGAACAUGCACCCCCAACGUGCGAAAGAGCGCAUCCCAGAACUGGGAUUUGGACUCUUAUUAGUUGA